UUUUCUUUCCCUCUGAUCUCUUCAUCUCCCUGUGUUUGCCCCUUUGCUCCUAGAUUCCUAAAUAAUGUUGGCUAUGUCAUGCGAAACAAGAGGAAACAGCAAUAUCUGAAGUAAUUAAUAAAAGUUUAGCAAUAAACCUUCUUGGUUUGUGCCAUGAAGAAUGGCUUUUUCCAUUCUGAAGAGGACUGUCUUCCUCCUGCCCGUGAAACUUAUAUAAAAGUUACAAUAGGUGACUUAAUAAUUUAUCAACUAGCUCUUUGGCUUUUAAUCAAAUAGCUUGUUAUUUAAGCUCAUUUACCCUCAGCACGAUUAAAUGCUGAAGUGGGAAUAACAAUUCUAGUCCAAAAUGCCAAACUUGGAUGACAUUUUAGAGCACAUCGGGGAGUUUGAUCUGUUCCAGAAAAGAGCAUUUUUCCUCAUUUGCCUCCUUUCUGCUGCCUUUGCCCCAGUCUAUAUUGGAGUUGUUUUUCUGGGCUUUAUUCCGGAGCAUCGUUGUCUGAAUCCUGGAGUGGCUGAGUUGAGCCGCAGGUGUGGCUGGACUCUUGAAGAGGAAUUGAAUUAUACUGUUCCAAAGGGAGAGGCUUUCAUCCAGCAAUGCAUGAGAUACGAUGUGGAUUGGAAUGCAACCGAACUAAGUUGUACGAACACAUUGGAAAACUUCAGCCAUCUGAAUGGCAGCAUCCCUCUCACCACUUGCCAAGAUGGUUGGCUUUACGAUUCUUCAAUACAGUCCAUUGUGAGUGAGUUUGACUUGGUGUGCAAAGACUCCUGGAAGCUAGACGUGUUUCAGGCAUGUGUGAAUGUUGGAUUUUGCCUUGGGUCUGUAUAUGUUGGCUACAUUGCAGACAGGUUUGGCCGCAAGACAAGUGUCCUAAUUACCACCCUGGUAACUACCAUCGCAGGAGUCCUGGUGGCUGUAGCACCAAACUACAUAUGGACUGUCAUAUUCCGCUUCAUGCAGGGACUCGUUGGCAAGGGCAGCUGGACAGCAGGCUACAUCCUUAUCACAGAAAUUGUUGGUGCAAGCUACCGGAGGACUGUGGCCAUUCUCUAUCAAGCGGCAUUUGCUAUUGGUCUCCUGAUCCUUGAUGCUUUGGCUUAUGCAAUUCCCCAUUGGCGGUGGCUUCAACUUGCUGUCACUCUGCCAACUUUUCUGCUUUUGCUCUAUUACUGGUGCCUUCCCGAAUCUCCCAGAUGGCUGCUCUCCCGAGGACAGAAUGCCAAAGCCAUGGAAAUUGUGGGUGACAUUGCCAAAAAGAACAAGAAAACCUUACCUCCCUAUUUUGAGAGUAUCAAUCUUGAAGAAGACAAUGAAAAAGAUGCAAAACAGAAUCCUUCUGUGCUUGACCUUGUAAGAACACCACAGAUGAGAAAAUACACACUUAUUUUAAUGUAUAACUGGUUCACAAGCGCCAUAACAUACCAAGGACUAAUCAUGCACGUGGGAAUCUCUGGAGACAAUGUCUACCUAGAUUUUUUGUACUCCUCCAUUGUUGAAUUUCCAGCAGCUGCCAUCCUCAUAUUCACAACAGAGCGAGUGGGUCGCCGCUAUCCCUGGGCUGUAGCCAAUCUGAUGGCAGGCAUCGCUUGUCUCGUUGCAGCAUUUACCCCAGAAGAUAUGCACUGGCUAAAGAUUAUUGCAGCUAGCCUGGGGAGACUUGGAAUCACAAUGGCUUUUGAAAUGGUGUGCUUUGUAAAUACUGAAUUGUAUCCAACAUUUCUCAGAAACUUAGGUGUGAUGGUCUGCUCCUCCUUGUGUGACUUUGGUGGAAUAAUAUCCCCAUUUGUUGUGUACAGACUGACAGAGAUCUGGCACCAGCUACCACUUUUAGUUUUCACUGUAGUUGCUAUAAUUGCUGCUGGAUCAGUGCUACUUCUGCCUGAGACCAAAGGAAGAAAUUUGCCGGAGACCAUUGAUGAUGUAGAAAACUUCCAUCGAUACCAUACUAAACAGCUUAAGUGAAGACAGUCAAUUUGAUGUGUAUUCUUUCAGCUGUUGCCUAUAUAUGGUGCUUAAGCAGGCAAUGAAAACAUUCACUUUAUGGGGAGAGAGUCCUGAUGAACUGUAUAAACAUACUUUUAUAAAUAAACUAGCUAGAGCUCUGAA